AUGGCAACACACCUCAUCUUCGAAUUCAAUAUUUUGGCACUUUUCGGGUUGCUGUGAUCGUCGAUAGGCGUGCAAGUAACGAAAAUAGUUGGGAUUCAUUGCUCGGCCGGAGUACAUCGCAAUCGCAGGCAGCCUCUCGCCUGCAGCCAACGAUCGUUAUUUGUUUCGUCGAUAUUCGUCGGAUUAGGUGCGAUCGCGCGUGCUUCUCUCUGUACUUACGAUUGAUAAAGUGGUGAUUCUUAAGAUAAAUAAGUACGAAGAGUCUGUAUUUGUUGACGGAUGUGCCGAAAGUUGGGGUGAAGUCACGGCUCGCCAAAUAUCGCCGAGAGAGCUCACGUGCUGAAUUGCGUUAGUUACGAGUCCUGCCUAAUCACACCGACCAGAGUGCUGGAAAAGACUAUCCCAUCAGCGAGAAGAAGAUCAAUAGAAGUGCGGUAUUUAACAGAAACACUCGUUUACUAGCUGAGGAAUUUCGAGUACCCAGUGUCGAGUGUCAAGGGUCGGAUUAGGUUUCGGAUUAAAGUGAGUGCAAAGAAGAACAACAGUGGAAAACAACAAAAGAUUUAAACGCUCGUCCCGAGAGCAGUGUGGCGAACCUUAGCUUAGGUUCAACGGAAACCCAGGAACACGUGCUAUUCCUUCCACGCUCAAAGUCCGGAUUCUAAAGGGGAUAAAUUGUAGCCGCCGAAAAAAAAAUGAUGUCAUUAAACUAAACAUCGCCAGCAAAAAUCGAAGGCAAUUUCCAACAAGAUGUGAUCCCAAUCGACCUUCGAUUCAACGAAAUACAAACAUCUUAUGAACAGGUAGGAACAUCGGAUCGGAAUUCGGAGCUGAUCAGCGGAGUAAACGACCAAAGAACACCAAAUAGUACCAGCUGAAGCAGAAGUAUACAAACGGAACGAAGAAGUGUAGAAAAUUCUUCGAUUUUUUCCCCAACAAUCCGAUCCAAUCGGUUGAAUAUUUAUUAGUGAUUAACAGUGAGAAGAAAAGGCUGCCAAUCUGGAGUCGCAAACGAUUGUCGAUAUGCUGCAGAGCACGUUGGGCUCGGCUCAGCGGUUUAAGAAGCGCGAACGGACACAGAACUGGGCCUACGAGGAGAAGCACUUUCUGCUGGAGUUAUGCCGCAAGGAUAUGCACAUCAUCGAGAAUAAGAGGCUGGACAGUGCGCUGACGUCGCUGAAGAACCGGGCGUGGAAAAUCAUUCACCAGCAGUUUGCGAUCGCGUUCGGCACGGACCGGAACUGUAACCGGCUGAAGGAGCAGUGGCGGAGAAUGAAAGCCUGCACGCGUGCCGAAAUGCUCGAUUACCAGCAGCGCAUCCAGCGAUACGGCCAAGAGGUGGCAGACCGCAAAAAGCCGAGCCAGUUCACUUUCGAAAUCUGGGAGUUUAUGCAAGAGGCGAAGAAGGUGUGCAAAAACGAACUGAUGGACGAUGUGGACUACUCGAAGAUGAAGCUAUCGCUCGAGGAGAACCUCCCCCAGGGGGUGUCGAUCAAGGACUCGAUCAGCGACGAGAAUGACGACGAAAGUUCAUCGGUGUGGGAAAAGAAUUCUCAGAACCUCUGCGAGGUUCAGAUCAAAGAAGAUUCCAUGGAAGAAGGUGACGAUUACGACAAAAGUCGACCUGCCAAAUUUCCUCGGCUUGGCACGUUGCCGAGUUCGUCUCCAUACUCAGCGGAAAAUGCACAUACCAAAUUUAACGAGCUGCUGGCAAGCAGCUUCGCCAGUCGACUGAACGAGCAUCUGGCCAACAACAACAAUAACAACAAAAUCGAAGUCGAUAGCUACAGUAGAACAUUCGGUGGCGAAUCGAACCUAUCCGAUGUACCUGUCAACAUGUCUCAGAAUGAUCUGAGCAACACCUUGGAAGCAAUCAACAUCCUUAAGAACCGGUUCACCCGACUGAACGAGCUCGGCCAGUGGAAGAACCCCUUCCACGAAGCGCAAAAUCUCAGCACCAACGCGAACAACAGUCACAACGAAGCGCAUCAUCCGCACCAGUCACCACAUCCGACGCAUCAGCCUCUGCCGUUGCCAGCCCCGGUCCAGAGAGAGCUCCAGCAACCCAGUUCCCCAAUUCCGGUCAGUGCGAGUGCGACCAGCAACGGCAACAGUCAGCAGAAUGCAACCAACAAAGUGACCGAACAGCACCAACAGAGCGAGCACGAAUUACGGAUGGAAAUAUUAAAAACCGAUCUCGAGACGGCUAAGAUAAACAAAGAAACCGCUGAAAUAAAUCGACAAAUUGCACUUCAGAAGCUAAACAAUUUGAACAGUUGAAGUAAUAAUUAUACCAAUGCUGCAGUGUAGCCAGUCGAGGCGCGCACCAGUCGCAAUAGUUAGUGUUUAAAAGUAGGCGUAAUAAAAUAAUUUGAGCCCGAUCCAAGCAACUCAGGGUGGACUCCGGGCGCUUGCGCUUCUCGGUUGAACCAAGCAGGCUAAUCACGUUGGAUAGCAAUAAAGCGCAGACGAGAGACUAGGACCAGUGUUGCGCAAAAUAACUACCUCAAGCGGGCGGUCGCCGCUACCAGUAGGCAAAUCGCGAAACGCCAAAAUCGUAAACUAGGUGCAUCGCGGUUUUAAGCCUUUUCUGUUAUUAUUAUAAUUUCAAGUUUUUUUUUCAUACGGAUUUUAGUCUCCUACUUUUUUGUUCAAGAAGAAAUCUGUAUAAUUAUUUCAUUCGAUUUUUGUAGAACAAGGCAAUUAUAAACCAAAUGGUCUAUCUGAUGAGUGAAUAAAGGAUAGAUGUGAGUGUGUAGUGCUGCGUUUUCCAACGCGCACAUAUUGUCCGAUUCAUACUUGUAGUAUUUAAUUUAAUGCAUCUCACUACGAUGUAAUAACAAAUGUGAACUUAUACGAAUAACUGAAUAAAAUCAAAUUUAUGUAACUGUUUUAUCUUGAA